GCCGCCGCCCAUGGCUCUCCGCCGCGCCAUCGGAUCCCUUGUCGUUCGCUCCCAGGCCUACUACCUCCGGCGCGCCGCCCCCUCGCCUCCGCCGUCCCUCAGCCGCCCGAUCAUCCCCUACCGGCCCUUCGCCGCUCCGCCUCAGCACGCCAAGAAGGUCACGAAGGACGAUGACGACGACGCCGGCCCAAGGAUCAACAACGACAUCACCGCUCCCUUCCUCAGGCUCGCCACCGAUGAAGGGCAUAGCGUUGUCCCCAGGCAUGAGACGCUUCAACUCGCUGCCAGGAUGGGCUUGGACUUGGUUGAGGAUCUGACACACACUGCUCGCACCUGCUCCAUCGCGGUCACUUCAACCAUCGCGUGGACGGCAUACACCUUCUGCCAGGCCUACUCCUGCCAAACCUAUUUCUGCAUGCUACACCUCCUCCCGUCGUUGUUUGUCUGCUUAAAAAAGUCUGACUAA